GGCGACAGAUAUACAAAUACGCUUUGAUCAGUACCUUCCAUAUUGGCGUUUACUGUUGCUGGAUCUGGUGAUAUUCUGCUGGAAUCUGAUAAAAUAGGUUAAGAAGGAUGAAUUAUUUCCCGGUGCAAAUUGUGUUUCUAACUUUUCUAGGAGGGGGCUACUCACACCCGACCACGACCUGCCCCUCCGCGUCACAGAUGGCCUCUUGCGACGGCUCCCACAACUACCACGCCAACUUCGAAGCGGCGGUCGACCCUAAAUCGUGGGUAACGGCGGAUAUGGACCGAGUGUGUUUAGACACCAGCAAAGAGUCCUUCCUGAACUUCUUCACGUGUAAGAUCUCGGCGGAGAGGCAGUGCAUCGGCUCCAAGAACCAGGAUCUCGUGCUCAGCAUCAACGUCAUCCCCACGGUCUACCAGUUCGUCUGCCAGGAGCACCAGCGAGGCAGCGUGAUUGGAACGUGCGUCACAACCAACAAAGCUGCCAUAGAGACCUGCUACAACACCGCCAUUUCCACCAUCACUUCCGCCACAGCAGACGUCAAGUGCGAUAUGAUGGACGAACUGGAAAGGUGUUACAUGAGUAACCUGGACGGAUGCAGCGCCACAACCAAAAACGUCGUGGACAUCAUCCUGCACAAGAUGCGACCAGCCAGGUGUGGAUGUGACGUCAUCAAAGCCUCUAUAUCUUUCAUCGUCAUGGCCGCUGGAGCCGCCAUAUUUCUUACAAGAAGGAGCAGCAUUUCGACAUAGAUCGGAUUGCGGAUACAUACUUUGAAAUGAUGAACUAUUCAGUGGAAUACUGUUGUACUCUCAAAGCAACAAAGAACUAUGAUUUGCAAACUUUCGAAAUAUUAUAUGCUUUGCUGAAACAAUAAUUAAACAUUUAUUUGCUUAGGAUAUUUGAAGCAAUAUUUGACGAAUUGAUUAAACGUAUGUCGGAUUUAUUAAACAGUAAGUCAUUCAGUGGAAUAAUGGACUACGUCUCGGUGCCUUAUUCAUCUUACAGUCUAUGGGUAUUUCACGUUAUGAUAUUUGAAAAAAACACACUAAUAUAACACUAGACUGUAACGCUUUCCGUCGGUGUUGUUUUAUGCAACAUUAUAUUACAGUUUCACUUUGCUGAAAAAGUAUUAAUUUCAAUUUUUGGAAAAAGUCGAUGAUUUAUGCUACGAUACGGGUCUCAUAUCGUGAUAUCAUGUAUCCCAUAAAUCGACUCGCGUCGACACUUCUAUUUGCUAACGGAUGCGUACCGUGUUUCAUGUCAGUGUCAUUGUUAGCUUACACUGACUAGAGUGCACUGAAUAUAUGGCAUACGGUUCUUUAACAUGGCAGUCAAGGAGUAUUCAUGUAUGCUAGACUUAAGGUGUUACCACCCAAUUAUCGAGAUUAGAAUCGUAUCGCCACAAUACAACCAUAUUGUAGAUGGAUGAGAUUGGUUCAACACCUGUACGACUUAUGAUCCGCGCUUCGUAUUUAGAUUUAUACAUUAGCGAUCAGACAGGUAGGUACUACCAUUGGUGGUCUCUCGGAUCCGAUAUUUAUUAUUAGACUCUCAUACGAAGUUUUAUGUUUGUAUUUUUUUAUCUUAAAAUGCCAAACAGGGAUGUUAAGUAUUGACCGAGGUUGACUCGGCGUUGCCUAGGUUCCCUGAAUUGUGUCAGCAGCGUCACUGCAUUGAUCGACCGUGUACAUACAUGGGGUCAAUACCAUGCGAGUAUUUACCGUGGUUCCCCUGGCAAUGCCACAACGUGGUCUUUGUAACAGUAUUUGUCCAUGGGCAUAUAGCACAAGUAAAUCAUGACUUUUUAAUGUCCUUUGUAAAUUGAGUAGUGUUCUUGAACAGUCAAUUUCUUUACCAUCUACAAACAAAUGUAAGCCAUAAGAAUGGUCGCCGACCAUGGUAUCUUAUUGAUGACGCUGGGAAUUUUCACAUCGUGACUCAUGUGUUCUGCACAUGCUAUUUGAUUCAACUUAAAAAUUCCAGUUCAAAUGUGCAAGUCUUAAUAAUAUUUGUUUCGGUGGGAAAACAAUCCCCAAAUAAGAUGUCAGCGAAAAUCUUGAAACGUAUCAAUCAACAAGGCACUCCCAGCACGGGUGUCGUCCAAUAAUUAUUCAGUGGAAUAAAUAACUUUCAGAAUUCCUCUCUAUGUAAUUAAGAGGCCUCCGUUGCAACGGGUGACACAUUCUUCAACACGAGAUGUGGAUGCAGUUAGGAGCUUGGGAAUUGCACGUGCUCUAACACUGCAUUGUGACGUCACAAUAUUGCUGGUGGUGUCAGUGAAUAAGUGUGAAUGUGCCUUUUAGAGCUUUACAUUAUAGAGACUUUGCGGUCGUUAGAAAUGUAAAAGAUGGGCAGACGAAAUGAAAACGAAUUAUGAAAAAGCAUAUUUUACACGAUUUUAUUAUUCAUGGCCUGUUUAAUUUUAGGGUCAUAUUUUCUUAACGCAUCAUUGGCUGCAGUCCCAUUUCAUUGGUAUUUAAAUGUCAUGUUGAAUAUAUAAAUAUAUUAAAUUAUACAACACAAUUUAGAAUCAUCUAUAAAUGAAAUUGUAAAUGAAACACAAAUAGAACACUGUCUGUAGAUAAGGCCACACCAAGUGUGGUCAUGUAUUUGUUUGAAUUGUGAUAACUCGCUCAGGGGGAAUUUCUGUGCUGUGAUAUAAUGUUUUAUGUACAGGUCAACACAUAUGCCGGAAUUAAAAACAGUAUAAAAUAUUAGUUAGUAAGUAGGCGUUUCCUAUUGUAAAUCUUUGUUAACUUCCUAUGUUAAACGGGAAACCAGCACGUUGCCGUCUCGGAAGUAUAUAAACAUAGUUCUAUAAGAGGGUGAAUAUAUACUGAAACAUUUUAGAAACGCAACACCAACUUCAAAUAUUUUAAUUCCAUUUUGAAGUGUUUCAAUAUGUUAGAAGGUUGUAACUGCUUUUUGUGAUUCACUCAAAUAUGUAAAUGGUAGGUAGGUCACAAAAGAAUGGUAGGUAUGAGUCUCAUUCGAAUGCUGAACCAACGGAAGGGAAGCAGGAAAUUUGCCUUGUUUACAAAUAUAAUUAUAAAGGAAAGUGUCCCGUUUCUAAAGUGUUUCAGUAUGCAUUUCAAAGUCUGCUUAUUUAUCAAUCCUUUGGUAGUGUGUAAAUCCCUCAAAAACAUCUUAGCAUUAUUACCGUGUUUAUUGUAUAUAAUGCACAUUGUGAGAAUGGCUGAACAUUUAAUAUCCCCAAGUACGAUAUAACAAUGAAGCUUUAUAAUUCCGCUUAUCUAUUUAACGAUUGGUCCAGUUAGUGUGGGGGUUCAUAUUUCAUACUUUUUUUAAAUAUUUCAAAAUCAGUAUCAUUUAUUCUUAUUUUGCUGUGCAUACUUCAUAACUGAAAAUGAAUAUUUAAACUUGUGCUGGGUCAGUAUCAUGUGAUUAUGUUUUUAAAAAAGUUCGCAUCCCAACACAUUCUUUAUGUAAAUUGUAAAAUUAUUUACAAAUUUGCUAGCUGGUUCCAGCUAGAAAAAAUUAGGUCACACUUAAGACGUGUUUGGAAAUUGCUGUAAUUUUGUGAAAGCGACGGAUGUGUCGACAACUACUUCCGGUUGUCCGCAGCAAAGAAGAAACAAAUGCCAUUCGUUACCACUCACCCUUGCAGCAUGGUUCACUGGCGCUACCCAGGGAAUCAGGCUGUCGCUCUUGUCGGCGAACUACGAAGAUGCCAUUUUGUCCGGAUGGCAUUCGUGAUUCCGAAACAAAGUUACUUUUACAAUUCGUGGCCACUCAUCUUUGUAAAAGCUAAGAUUUUGAGUGAGUUGGGUUUAACGCCGCUUUUAACAGUAUUUCAGUUAUAUCACGUCGUGUCAGCUUAAUGUGGGAGGAAAGCCCUGAGUGAUGCGGGUCUCAGGCGUUAACCACUUCGCUGAAACCC